GUGGUCUCAUCUGCUCGUUCCAGCUACCAUUCCAGAAGAAGCCAGCUGAUAUUAUCCUCCCUCCAGCCCGUUUCGAAUUUAUCCCCUUAGCAACCUACAUUUUUCAUCCCUUCAAAAAGCACACCUACCUUGUGUAUUUAAGCCCAGUCCUUAAUAUUUACCAUAAGAAUUAGACUUCAUAUUCUUAACCCGUUUACUUUAGUUCCUUCAUUCUUAACCCUGCGAAUUAGAAGCCAAAAAAAUUUCCAGUGCCAAGUUAAUGUGGGUUGAGAUAAUUGAGUGAUCGUCCACGUACAGCAAUUUGCCCGUGUCCCCUCCUAUUAAUACGUAAUAUUAAAUACCCAUUUAACCAAUUUCCUAUCAACCCCUUCCAAAUUGACUGUAAAACAAGAUGUGAGAUGGUAUUUAACAGUGUUCCUUCACGUACAGCAAUUAGUGUAUACAUCUCAAUCAAGUCACUUAAAAUCUUGCGAUUAAAUUAUUUAGUAGAAACCAUGUGUUUUGAAAAGGAUGUUCUGAUACCAUUCCACCGUGAGAUAAAUAUUUAUGUGAAUGUUUCCCAAUGGCGUGGUAGCAAGGAAAUUAUUUGAGGAAAAUAUCAAAUAGAGUGAUUUUAUUAUACAAGAUCCAGUUAUACAGGAAGGCAUGGGACCACGGAACCAAAACAUAGAGUAGAGUCGUAUCCCUACCCAUAUGCUGCACUCAUGAAGACGUCAUGUUGUAAGCGACUCAAAAGUUAUCCACCUCUCGGAUGAAUUGAACUGCCAGUCAAAAUGAGUAACAUAUUCGGUGCUGUGGUUUCCAAGAAGUGACCAGAGGAGAUAGGAGGAAGUUACCAGUUGAGAUAAGGGGACAAACAUCACCCGGGAAGUGGAAAAAAGGUCCCAGUGGCGAGGGAGCAUAUUUUGUAAUAGAAUGACGCUGCUUCGUUGUUGUUGUUGUUGAGUGAUUUGGUGGUGGCCAUCUUGGAGGGAAAAAACAUGAUAAGAACGAAGUGCGUGGGCAGCCGUAAAUUACCGGAUGGCUCAUUCUGAUAGGACGGAGAUAAAAGCAGAAGAGCAUCAACCCAAACAGAAGAUGUCCCCCUGCCAAGGAAACGGAAGAAAUAUGAACGUGUUCUGGGCAUGCGCUGUGGCACUGGCACUGGGGACGGAUCUCAUAGCAAACGGAGAGAUCCCUCUCGGAAUAACUGUUGUGAGCACUGUGGAGACGUUAGUGGAGAAGACAGUGGCUCUUCCGUGUAUAGCAAUCCAGCAUCCAGUCGGGGACAUGCCCAACCUCCUUCUCUUCUACAGGCAGCCAUCCAACAUCCCCUUCUUCAGCUACGAUGCCAGAAGCGGCGACUUCUGGCGCGAGGGAAGCUCCAAGAUCCGAGACGCCCAGUACGAAGGUCGCGUCUACCUGAAUCUGACUCAUCCGAGGAACGUUCACCUCAACCUGGAGCAGGUCAGCAUCCAAGAUGCCGGCGACUUCACCUGUCGAGUGGAUUUCGUCAGUUCCCCUUCGCUGACGUCCAUCGUCAAGCUCAAAGUCUUUGCCAACCCCACCGCGGGCCCAACUGUACGAGUUGGGGCAGGACCCAGGGGAACCGUAGCGAGUGGAACGGAUGUGGGAACCCUUCACGAGGGAGAAAUGCUCAACCUUUCUUGCACAGUACUGGAGGGAGUUGGUCAGCCAGCCUUUCAUCUGUAG